AGAGGCAAAAAAAAUCAGAUCCAGCUCAAAGCCUUCUCCACCCUCUUUUAUAAAUAAACCCCUUCCAUAACCUUUUCAUCAUCAACCACAAGAAUUAUCUAUUCAUCUAUCAAACGUCUCUAGACAUCUAGUUCACUUCAGUCUUCCAGAGAAAAAAAGAAGAAUGCUCAGUGCUAAGAAGCUCAUCAAGAUGGCUAGGAAAUGGCAGAAGUUUGAAGCCAUGCAGAGGAAGAGGAUUUCACUUCCAAGAAAUGGAAAUGAUGCAGAAAGUUGCAGUACGUCUUCAUCAUUGAUAGCCGGAAAAGGCCAGUUUGUAGUGUAUACAACUGAUCAAAGACGCUUUCUGAUUCCAUUGGCUUAUCUGGAAAAUAAGCUCAUUUUGCAACUUUUAAACAUGUCUGAAGAAGAGUUUGGUCUGCCAAGUGGCGGCCCUAUUGUAUUACCGUGUGAUUCAGCUUUCAUGGAAUACAUUGUUUCACUAAUCAAGAAAGGCACAAUUGCUGAAGAUCUUCACAAAGCAUUAGUCCUCUUGAUUAGUUCAAGUUGCUCUUCAACUUCUUUUUUGCACCUAGAAUGGGGAAACCAGCAACUCCUUGUUUGUUGAGUCAUGAUCACAUCUUUAGCAAAUGAUAGUUCAGAAUAGAUUGUUUAUCAGAUUAAAUGUAGGUAGUUGAAAUUUUGUAUACAGAUGGAAUUGAGCUUUUAUUUGAAAUUUAACUAGAUUUAAAUAUUUCAAUUCUC